CCCAUGCUCGGUCGGAUCUCGGAACCCGCCGCCAGCUCCGGACCGAUCCCACCGUGGCCAUGAAGGGUCCCCUGCGCGGAGGAAUGUUCUCCCGGCAUGUCAAACGGCACCCCGGACUCGUUCCCCUCAUUGGCUUCAUCAGCGUGGGCCUGGGCAGCGCGGUCCUGUACCUGCUGCGCUUGGCGCUGCACAGCCCAGACGUCAGCUGGGACAGGAAGAAUAAUCCUGAACCCUGGAAUAAGCUGAGCCCCACAGACCAGUACAAAUUCCUGGCAGUUUCCACCGACUACAAGAACCUCAAGAAGGAACGUCCCAGCUUCUGAGCCACUUCUGGGACGUGCUGGGGUGGAGGGGGAGCAUCCCCCCUGCCCCCCAAAAACCCCUCACAGCCCCACCACAGCUCCCCCAAUAAACCACAUCCCUGCC